AUGGGGGCGAGGGGCAGCCUGGGGCGGCUGCUGCCGUUGCUGCUGACCCUCCCUUCAGCCGGGCCAGGUGAGCGCCGGGGCGGUGGGUCGCGGGCGGCCGGCGGGGUCUCGGCAUCGCUGGCAGCAGAGAUGGCAGCUGCGUGGGGCUGGCUCCAGCCGUCGGUCAUCGGGGGACACGAGGCCAAACCCCACUCCAGGCCCUACAUGGUGUCCGUGCAGUUCGGGGGGGCUCACGCCUGCGGGGGAGCGCUGCUGCACAAGCGCUGGGUGCUGACGGCCGCCCACUGCUUCCCUUGGGGGACAAGGGCCAGUGGGACGGCGGUGCUGGGGCUGCACAGCCUGCGGGAGCACGGGGCGGCCACACAGACCUUCCCCAUCCGGGCAGCCUGUCCCCACCCUGGCUACAACCGCCGGACGAUGGAGAACGACAUUCUCCUGCUCCAGCUGGAGGGGACGGUGACGCUGAGCAGGACGCGGCGGCUCAUCGGGCUGCUGGGACGGGAGCCAGUGGCCGGGGAGAUGUGCAGCCUGGCGGGCUGGGGGGCCCGUAGGCACGGGGGGCUCUCACCCACGCUGCAGGAGCUGGAGGUCACGGUGCUGGACACGCGGAUGUGCAACAACAGCCGCUUCUGGGACGGCGAGAUCACCCCCACCAUGAUCUGCUUCCAGGGACGCCACAGGGGCUCGGCACCCUCCAAGGGUGACUCUGGGGGCCCCUUGGUGUGCGGGAAGCGGGCAGCGGUGGCCGGCGUGCUGUCCUUCACCAGCCCGGACCUCACCGACCCUUUCAAGCCCCCGGUUGCCACCUCAGCCGUGAAGCACAAGAAAUGGAUCCAGAAAACGCUGCGGGGGGGCUGUGGCUCCCGGGACAGACAGACCACCCCUUCCUAUUUACACAGCCCCGGCUCGAGGUCCCGCAGUGGUGGCCGCUGGCUGCAGCCCCCCAGCUACUGCCGAAGCUGA